GGGGGGGGUAUGGUAAAACAGCUGGACAGUCAAUACCCUCCAUUCAGAUGAGAUUCGCCGUGACAGCAGUCGGUCCUGCUCGCUGACUCUCUGCUCGUCCCUCUCGAAUUCAAAGUAAGUUAACGCCGCUGAGCAAAGCGCUGCCUCCCCUUGUAGAGGAACCCACGGGAUUAUACCCCGGAAACAGGGCACGGAUUUGUGAAGAAUGUGAAACAAGGGGCUGCCCUGCCUGCCAGAAGAAAAGAGCUUUCAGCUGAAGAUUCGGUCCUGUAGUUCUUAAACAUUUCUAUAGGAAGAAGGGACUGAUUCAGAGUCUUCUGCGCAGUUACUCAAGCCUCAGGAUGUCAGGCAUGGACCUCCCCGUAUGGGACUUCAAUGGCUCAGUGCCGGAGAAUGGGACAUUUCUGAGGAUCGCUCCCACAUCCGUGUCCACUGCAGUGGACCCCUGGUCAGGCCGGCCACAGAACGUCUACAUCUACGUCUCCAUUUUCCUCAGUUUACUGGUGUUUCUGCUGACACUCCUAGUCCUUGCACUCCACAGGCUUAAAAACAUCAUCAGCGCCAGCCCAUCAUACCCAGAAUACAACAGCGACGGGGGCAGCUCCUUCACCAACAUGGAGAUAUGCAGCAUCUCCUCCCAAAGAUCCACUGUGUCCUCUUUGUCUUGCUGAGACGAUCAUCUCCUCAGCACUGUCCGAUACACGUUCACACACACACACACACACACACACACACAUGCCAUCUCAAUUCUGUUUACAUGUCAUUGUGGGGACACACAGACUCUCUGAGCAAUAAAUGAUUCUUGAGUUAAAACCCACCAAAACAACUCAAAUUCAAAAAAACUAUAUGGAAGUUCAUGAAAAGAAGUUAUUUCACUUUAUUUUUUAAAUUGACUAAAUUUAUAAAGGCUUCGGGUUUAUGGAUACAAGGCUAUGACCCUGUUUUCUCAAGAAUGCCCCCACACGGUGUCCAAAGCAAGAACAGAGAUGAGACAGACGAGCGCAGACCAUAUAAAGCACAAAAGCACAGCCCUGAUCCUCUCUGGUAGGACCGAGUUCUGUAAGAACCCUCUUAGGGUUAAAAAUGCAUCCUGCUUUUAUAAGGGCAACAGCAAGGCAAACCUUCUUGGUUAGAAAUCCACGAACAGUACAGCUAACAAGUUGAAAAAGGAACUGGAAAGUAUGGAAGUGGAAGCAAGGCACAGUGAAAGUGAAACGCAGAAGAUGAGAUGGACAUAGCUGCGGCUUUGCCGUCGCUCCAGGCAACUCGGUCACACGCACGAGUCUCAUUGGUACAGGCAUGUUGUGCCUCCUAAUUGGCAUCCUUCUUCAGAACUUGACAGCUCAGCCGCCGCUGGUUACCUUGGCCAUUUCGCCCAGACUGUAAUAAAUCCAACGGGACAUAUUAAAGGGAUUAUCUUGAAUCUAGACAAACGCAGAGCGCCGGAUGCUAGAAAUGAUGGCGCCUUGUGGACGACGAUUUCGACAUCGCGCUUUACCCUAAAAUGUGGCUGCUGACCAUGGGGAAAGUUUAAAAACAUGACAGAAAAAAAGAACAGUGGAAGACCUCAAAGACUGAAUAACUUAAAAAUUAUA